AUGCAAUCCUCAAACGUCGUCCAUGAUACAAAAAGUCAAUCGACGGAGAAAAUUCAACAAACAGCAGAUGAAUGUCGAAGAUUGAUUACUGAACAUUUAGAUAAGAACAUUCAUGAAAUCGAAACUGAAUUCAGAAAGUUUGCUGAUCGAGUCAAAUACAUUCGCAAAGAAGAUGAUUUCAACGAAAUUGAUUUGAAUGAAUUUGAUACUAAACUAAAACAAUUACAACAACAACUUCAUCAACCAUCUAUGUUUUCUAUUCAAGAAAGUUCGACUUCACUUAUCAACAAAAUUCAGAUUGUGACAUCUUCUGAGGCAAAUCAUCAAAUAAAGAGCAAGAAUAUAGCUGUGCAAGUCAAAACUCCACUAUCAGCACCACUUUGGUAUCAUCCAUUUCAAGUAACUAAGGUUCAAAGAAUAGACGCAAACUAUCCAGAAUGCAAAACUAGUACGACACAAUAUUCAGUCGAAGAUUGUGUUAAUGGUCCUCGAGCAGAGGACAAGGACAAUGAUAUCAACUUUGACACAUGCCCGUUAUGUUAUUGGGAAUUUCCACCAUCUAUGUUAAUGCUGGAAAAACGCAAGCAUAUAGAAACACAUUUUGCAUAA